GCAGAGAGCUCUUUGCCGGGGCACCACUACACUAGCAUCUCCUUCCUUCUUCAGUGUGGUCAGAAAGGGAAGAAAACUGGGUAGAAAGAGACAGAAGUAUGCCUGCAAGGCAGAACUAGAAGCUUUGCUCAGUAACGGGGGAAGCCUGAUGGCAUCAUUUGAAAUAAAAUCUGGUGCAUUGGUUUCUUUACAAGACCUGCGUCCAUCAUCUCCUUUUUUCAAGCAAGGAGCUUCGCUCAGAAUAAUUGGAAAGUUACACAAAUACUCUUUAGAGACAGGCCUAGCAACAGUUAUUGAUGGUAAUGACGUUCUAAAAGUUAGUACUGAACAUCUGAGGGACCUUACCUUUCAAGUUGGCUCUGUCUACCAAUUCAUUGGUGAACUCCUUAUCCUACCUGACAAUGAGGGAGUUUUGCAGGCACGUGUUGGUAGAAACGUUGACGGGAUUGAUCUCAAUCUUUAUCAUCAGUCCUUGCUGCUUUUAAGACAGUUUCAAGCCAAUCAUUUACACAAUCCAGCAACUUAAAUUUGCAGGAUUAUUUUGCACAUGGCAGUCGUCAUACUAAUUUAAAUUACUUUUUUUCAAGAAUAUAAAAAAAGAUGGAAGGUUACUCCCUAAACUAUUUUCAUAGCAUAUGUUGUCACGCAGUGAUACAGAAUGUGGAAGCAUCUUUAUGUACUUUUCAGAUAAGGACGUGAUGUUCUGCACUCUGCAGUGUUCGUCAUGUAAACAGAAUCUUCACAAGGUUUACGGUGACAUUUUAUUUUAUUCUCUCUCUCUCUCUAUUUUCCCUGUAAAAUAGGACAUGACGACAUCAAAGGGUGCGGCUGUUAGGUAUGAGUUGGGCUUAGCUGUGCGUGCUUCACGGGGAUAUUUUACUGUUCAUGUGAAGCUAUACGACAAACUUAAGGCCACCCUCUGAUUUUGCAAUCUGAAACAUAAAAUGCAUUCUGAUAUAUUUCAGUUGUCACUUUUUGUAUGCUCUAUCGCUUUUCUCAACAUGUUUGUAGCAUUUGAAGGCUAUACAUGGUACAGAUUUCCUUGUGUGGGAGAAAUAUCGGUGCCAAUUAUCAUCUCGGUGGGGACCCGUCAUGUAAAUUUAUGUGGUAGCAGUAGAGCUUGGAAGGAGAUAUAUUCCAUGUGCAACUUUGUGACGAAAAGGCUCAACUGAACACGCUGAAUUUCUCACAAAUUAUUGUCCGUCAUUCAUUCAGAAAUCAGGGGGUUUGGAUUUGCAAAUUUAUGUUGACAUGCAAUGAAUUGCAGAUGAAGAUGCAUUAUCUAUCUUUAAUGAUGGAAUAUUUGUUGGUUUUCAUGUCCCACCUAUCACUCCAUAAUCAUUUGAUUUUGAUCUAUAAUCAGC